GACCCUAGAAUCCCUCCUAAGGCUAAUGGAGACACUUAUUGUUGAGAUGCCCACUCGGAUCCAGAACUGCUUGGAGCUUCUGGACACAUGGCUUAAUUCCCAGAAGGACAAUGAGCGGGAACGGGCCAUGUGGUGUACUGCCCGUAUUCUUGGCUUCACUGCAAAAAUGAACAACUUCAAAGCAGAAAUCGAGUUCACCCGGCUGGGGCGCUUGGUAAGGCUGCUGGCCGUACGCUGCCAGGACCCAGUGGACAACAUCUGCUUCCUGUCUUCUCAGGCUGUCUACAACCUCUACUGUAUCCUCCUGCAGCAAAAGCGUAUGAAGAACCUUCUCUUAUGCCCCGGCAGACUCCCACUUAGGCCUGACCAUCCCCACACACUCUGUCCCAGAAGAGUGAACUUCAAGAAGUUCCACUGAGGAACCUGCCCGCAAACAUCUACAGACCUUCUUGGGACCAGAUACCUACACCGGAAACAGUUCUUUUGAAUUCAUUUUUCCUCCUCUAGCUGAGACCCAUACUCUUAUUCAGUUCUGUCUCUGUUCUGAGGCAGGGAAUGUGGAGGUUCCUCUGACCUCUGCUCUCACCAUUUCUUAUCUUAAUGCCCAUUCCUCUAUUCCCAGCCCCACAGGAUAUACAUCUCCCCAAGCUGACUUAGUUCAGUAGGAGUUUCAGGCUAGGCAGGUGGGAAAGGGAGGGGCCCAAGAUGCCUUCUGAGUGUCUGAGAGGUGGGAUUGGGUGUCUUUGUUUCAGAGAUGGGAAGGAAAACACAGGGCUUGUGGGAAGAAGAGGGCAAGCAUGAAGUCUAUAGUGCCAACGUGUUCUAUAACAACACCUUUGAAAUUGCCAAG